GACGGCCCCGCGGCGCUGACAGCCCGCGGCUGGGCUCCGAGCGGCUCGGAGCGAUUCGGAAGGGCUCGGCCCGGUUCGAAGCGAUUCGGAGCGGAGAGGAUCGGAUCCGAGCGGGUCGGCUCCGUUCGGAGCGGGUCAGCUUUGUCCACCCGAAAUUUGGAGCAGCUCGGUUCGGAGCGGUUCGGCUCGGUUCGAAGAGGUUCGGAGCUGUCAGCCCCCGGUUCGGCUUGUCUCGGAUUGACUCGGCUCAGUUCGGAGAUACUCGGCUCGUCGCGGCUCGCUCGUCGCCGCCAGCCCGCGGCUCGGUUCAGCUCGGCGCAGCUCGGCUGGGCUCAGCUCGGCGCAGGUCGGCACGGUUCGGUACGGAGCAGCUCGGCUCGGUUCGGAGCAGCUCGACGCAGUCAGUCCGUGGUUCGGCCUGACUCGGAACGACUCGGCUCGGUUCAGCCCGGUUCGGUCCGGGAUGGCGGUGCCGGAGCCGGACGCGCGGCUGGCGCAGGAGAAGGAGGAGGAGAGCGAGGAGGAGAGCGAGGUGCUGGAGGAGAGCCCCUGCGGGCGCUGGCACAAGCGCCGCGAGCAGGUGAACCAGGGCAACAUGCCUGGCAUCCAGAGCACCUUCCUGGCCAUGGACACAGAGGAGGGUGUGGAAGUGGUGUGGAAUGAGUUGCUCUUCACUGACAAGAAGGCCUUCAAAGCUCAUGAGGAGAAGAUCAAGACCAUGUUUGAGCAGCUGGUGCUGGUGGAUCACCCCAACAUCGUGAAGCUGCACAAGUACUGGCUGGAUGUGAAAGACUUGAAGGCUCGGGUCAUCUUCAUCACGGAGUAUGUGUCCUCGGGGAGCCUGAAGCAGUUCCUGAAGAAGACCAAGAAGAACCACAAGGCCAUGAAUGCCAGGGCCUGGAAGCGUUGGUGCACCCAGAUCCUAUCUGCCCUCAGCUUCCUGCACUCCUGUGAGCCUCCCAUCAUCCACGGCAACCUGACCAGUGAUACCAUCUUCAUCCAGCACAAUGGGCUCAUCAAGAUCGGCUCCGUCUGGCACCGGGUGUUCGCAAACGCGCUGCCCGACGACCUGCGGAGCCCUAUCAGGAUCGAGAGGGAGGAGCUGCGCAACCUGCACUUCUUCCCGCCGGAGUACGGCCCCUGGCAGAUGCCAUCUGGAUCGGGUGAGCUGAGGUGGUCCUGGCUUGGCUUUGCAGAGAAGACAGAUGGGACAGCCGUGGACAUCUUCUCCUUCGGGAUGUGUGCCCUGGAGAUGGCCGUGCUGGAGAUCCAGAGCAACGGCGACACGCGGGUGUCCGAGGAGGCCAUCGCGCGGGCGCGGCACUCGCUGGACGACCCCAACAUGCGGGAGUUCAUUCUGUCCUGCCUGACCCUCAACCCAGACAAGCGACCCACUGCCAACAGCCUGCUCUUCCACCGUGUGCUCUUCGAGGUCCACUCCCUGAAGCUGCUGGCAGCUCACUGCUUCAUCAACAACCAGUAUCUGAUGCCAGAGAAUGUGGUGGAGGAGAAGAUCAAGGAGCUGGACCUGAACAUGGUGAUGGCAGAGAUCCGCAGGGAGGGUCGGCCUGGAGUGCAGUGGAGGUACUCAGAGGUCUCCUUCCUUGAGCUCGACAAGUUCUUGGAGGAUGUCAGGAAUGGGAUCUACCCCCUGAUGAACUUUGCCGUGUCCAGGCCCCAUGCCCUCCCCCGUGUACUCUCCCAGCCCCAGGAGGACCCUCAGAAGGCCAAGACUCCCACCCCAGAGCCCUUUGAUGUGGAAACCAGGAAGGUGGUGCAGAUGCAGUGUAACAUGGAGCUGAACGAGGACAAGACCCAGUGGCACCUCACCCUUCUGCUGAUCCUGGAGGACAAGCUGCACCGCCAGCUGAGCUACGACCUGCUGCCCACUGACAACUCCAAGGACUUGGCCACGGAGCUGGUGCACUAUGGCUUCAUCCACGAGGAUGACUGCGAGAAGCUGGCGACCUUCCUGGAAAAUGCUUUCCACAAGCACCGCUCCCCGCCCUUGUGAGCCCGCUCCCGGCGCCAGCUGCAGCGCGGUGCCCAGCGCCGGGGGUCUUCCGGACUCCUGCCCACCCUCACCCGCAGCCCACCAGCGGUGCCCGCCGGAGCCGUGGUGCGGGGAGGCAGCAGCACCUGGAGGAGCCACGGGCCGACAGGAGACACUUCCCUUGCGCCAGGAGAAGCUGGGCCCCGGCAGAAGGUGCUCUGCUGCCCGCUCCUGAAACAGCCAGCCAGAGGCAGCUGUGAGGGGCUGGGGAGGGGACAGCUCCCUGCACCCCCUGCCAGAGGUGUCUGAGGAUGGAAGCUGCUGCAGGAUCCUCUCGGUCACAGGUGUCCCUCAGAAUGAGAAGCUUUGCUCUUUGCAGGUCCCAGAGCUGUGCGUCCUCUUUGCCAGCUGGCAGCACCAGGAGGAACAAGGAGAGGAGCUGCUUGGGAAUCCCUGGAGCAGCUUCUGGUCCACCACCCUCCAUCCUUUUUUCCUAGCUCUCCCCAUUGUGCCCAGGUCCCCCAGCACAGAAGAACCAUGGUGAUGCCUUGGUAGAUCUGCAGGCCUUGGCAUCGACAGAGAAGAGGACUUUGUGAGCUGGACUUGCUCUGGCAUCCAAACCCAUCAGCCAGAUCCAGCAGGAUCAGCAGAAGCCUCACCGGGGCUCAGCAUGACCCUUUUCAUUCCACAGUUUCUCUCACGGCCUCCUAAAACCUCUGGCAUCUGGAGGGGGCACCCUGGACCCUUCUUGCCCACCUCUCCUUGAGUGCAUCAGGGGAGGUUCUGCCAGUGGGCAGGAGAAAAGGACCAUCCCCAGCACUGCCACGCUGGGCUUGGGUGUUGGGGAUUGCCAAUGGGAACCAUCACUGAUGCCACGCCAAAGCCAUGCUGUGCUAUGCCAUGCUGUGCUGUGCCAUGCUGUGCCCUGGGAGGCCAGCUGUACCAUGCUGCACUUUGCUGGUGCUCUGCACUGUGCCAGUGUCCUGCACUGUGCCAGUGUCCUGCACUGUGCCAGUCUUCCACAUUGUGCUGGUGUUCUGUGCUGUGCCAGUGCCCUGUGUGUGCUGACACUCUCUGCUAGUGGCCUGUGCCAGUGUCCUGUGCUGUGCCCUGUGCAAGUGCCCUGCACUGUGCUAAUGCUCUGUGCUGUGCCAGGUGCUCUGUGUGGCAAUGCCCACAUUAUGCUGCCCGUGCUCUGCACUGUGCUGGUGCUCUAUGCUGUGCCAGGUUCUCCAUGUGGCACUGACUGCAUUUUGCUGCCUAUGCUCUGCACUGUGCCAGUGUUUUGUGCGUUAUCAGUGCUCUGCACUGUGCCAAGUUCUCCAUGUGGCACUGCCUGCAUUGUGCUGCCCAUGCUCUGCACUGUGCCAAUGUUCUGUGCCAGUGCUCUGUGCUGUCCCAAUACUCUGCACUGUGCUGGGUGCUCCUACGAGGCACUGCCUGUGCUCUGCGUUGUGCCAGGUGCUCCACAUGGUACUGCCUCCACUGUGGCACCAAUUGUACCUCGCUCGGGCUGUACCUUGCUGCACGGGGAUGCCUUGCUGAGCUGCCAGCUGGUGCCCUGUCUGCCAGCUGUGCUCUGUGUGCCAGCCUCGCCAGCUGACAAAUCAAUAAAGCCCCUGAACAGCCCCUCUGGGCAGAGCA